GUGUCAGAAGUGAAGUAGAUCUUUGAACACAGACGACUUGGAGCUGUAACAGCCCUAAGAAGAUCGACUGAUUUGGGGUGGGGGGAGAAGUGGAAUGGAAUGGAAAGGGGGAUGGGGAGCCGGGAGAGGCGGCCACCGCGAGCAGAGGUAGGGAUGCGACUAAGGGAAUAUGGGCAAAAGGCUCGGGGCCAGGAAGAGAGCGAGCAGGGAGGCGCUCUGCGCAACGGAGGCGGUCCCGGGGCCCUGAGGCCUCUGUGAUUGGCUCUUGCUGACCGUCGCUCCGCCCCGGCCUCGUUCGCUAUAAGAGGCCUCUUGGCGUUCGUUCCCGGGAGGAGGGUCUGACAGAGCUCAUUCGCCUUCCCUGGUCCUCGUUCGUGUUCCCCAACGGAAUCUCCGCAGCAGCCUUUUCCCGGGGGAGCUCAGUCGGGGGGCGGCGGGAUGCCGGGGUGCCGCAUCAGCGCCUGCGGCACUGCGCCCCGCCCGGGGGAGCCGCCGCCCCCUCCCUUUUCCCCUCCCCUUCCCCCCCACUCUUCUCCGGCUCCCUCGGACCCCGGGGAUGAGCAGGGCUCCCCGCCGCCGUCGCCACCCCCCCAGCCCCCUCCUCACCCCCAGUCCGCAGCCUCUGGAACCACGACCGCGACCACUACCACGCCGGCGCCGCCUGCGGAGAAAGGCACCGGGCGAGGCUUGGAGCUGCAGCGCUGGCGGCCGGGCGGACACGGCGCAGCGGGCGCCGCAGCGGCGGGCAGCCGGGCGCUAGAGCUAGCUGAAGCCCGGCGGCGGCUGCUAGAGGUGGAAGGCCGGCGGCGGGUGGUGUCGGAGCUGGAGAGCCGGGUGCAGCAUCUCCAUCGCGUCUUCUUGGCCGCGGAGCUGCGCCUGGCGCAUCGCGCUGAGAGCCUGAGCCGCCUGGGCGGCAGCGUCUCCCAGGCCGAGCUCUACCUGGCAGCCCACGGGCAGCGGGCCAAGAAGGGGCUGCGGCGUGGCAAGCGUCCUCGCCCUCCCGCCCUGCUCGCCUCCGCCCUGGGCCUGGGUGGCUGCGUGCCCUGGGCUGCCGGCCGCCUGCGGCGGGCUGGGGCCGCCGCCGCCUCCCCCGAGCCCGACUCCCCCUUCCGCCGGAGCCCGCCCCGAGGCCCGGCUUCCCCCCAGCACUGAGGCCGCAAAGGAGAAGGAGAGACCGCGGGAGCUGCCGCUGCGGACAGACGGAAGCCAACUGGAGCCAAAGGAGACGCAGCGGCCGGGAGGACGCUGAGGGGACCGUGGGACCCGUGCAUGGGACCAGCAUAGCUGAGGGAGCUUCUCUGGGUGGGGCAGCUGGAGGGCCCCUCUCCCCCGAUUCUCUCCUCUUUCUGCGGGAGGCAUCACUUAGAACCACAAUAAAGCCGUGGGCCGUGGGCCCUGGGCCUGUUCCCCUCCCUCCCCGCCCUGAGGCUUCCUCUCCGGGACUGGACUGCGAAAGAAUGGGGUGGUGAGCCUGGAAGCCCCAUUUUGCUGAGGGGCAAAAGGAGGUGGGUGUGGUCCCAGAGUUGCAGAAAUAGGUUUGGGCAUCCCUUCUUGGUAUUUGGGGGUCCCAGCUUCAGUACCCCCUUUUCCUAUCAGCACCCCCCCAAGAUAUUCAGGGCAGCCUUUAUACCCUUAAAUUUACCUUAUGCCCAUAUGCGCUGCCCAGGUGUCCCAAGAAGUUGGAAUGAAUAUAGAUUUCGGACACCACUCAGAUCCUUAGGAGAGCAAAGGAGAUGUUAAAAGGGCAUCACUCCUAGGGGUGGGAGGAGGUUCUGGUUAGGGGAAGAGAAGGCUUGCAAGAAACAGCUAGAAUGUCAGAACUGGUAGGAGAUCUUCACCACUCUGCCCUUUGCUAGGUGAGUGACCUUGAGCGAGUCACUGCCCUGGUCUGAGAUUUCUACUACCUACCUCAUGGGCUUGUUAAUGAAGAAAGCACUUGGUAAACAUAAAGAUGUCAAGAAAAGUGGGAUAUGUUUAUGUCAAGUGAAAUAGGCCCAGAGUGGGGGGAAAGGCUUUUCCAAGGUCAUCCAGCCACUUCGUGGUGGAGUUGGUACUAAAACCCAGGUGCCCUGUGGUCCCAGUUAGCUCCCUCCCUUCCCUUCUGCUUUCUCCUGUUGUUACUCUCUAGGGCUCCUUUUCCCCAAGUGCCCCAGGCCUGGGCAGGCCCUGGGUGCUGUUUGAAAGCUUCCUGGGGCUGCGACCAUGCGGCUGGCUUGCACCUGAGCCAAGACCUAGAACCUUUUGUCAAUUCUCUUGGGCCCCCUUGCUCCGAGCUCUGCUGCCUGGUAAUUUCCAGCAGAGCUGGCAUCCUCUGGCAAGAGAAGCUGAGUCAGGGCCCAUUGGGGUUACUGACUUAGAGGCUGAGCUGGAAAGCUCCUUGGUCUCACUGUCCUAGGUGGGGGGGCCUUGAACCCUCAGGGCCUACCUCUCCUCCAUCUAUCAUCUCCAGUAUACAGAGUUGAUGUGGGGGUUGGACAGAAAGAGGUGAGUCCCUUGAGGGGAGGGGAAGAGGCCAGAUACAUUGGACAAGACUUUCUAGGCCUGUCUCUUGCCCUUUCCACCUCAGGGAAUAGCAGGGUGUUCAAACAGCAUGCAAGUUAAAGGCAAACUAAAGGCAGGAGCUUUUUCAUCAGAAGACAUGGGUUCAAAUCUUGGCUCUGUUUGGUGCUAGCUGUGUGACCUCUCCAAGUGGCUCAGCCUCUCUGAGCCUGUUUCCUCACCUGUAAAAUGCUCCCAAUUCUAACCUGCUAUGUUCUAAGGUUCUUUCCUGCUCUGAAAUAAUUCUAUCAAAUCACUUUUCCUGUCUGAGUUUCAAUGUCUUCUGCAAAAAAUGAAGGGGUUGGAUUGGCUAA